AUGGCCGUGACAGGACAGUCAAAGAGUUCAAAGGCGGACGCAACUGCCUCUGGAGGUUCUGCAUCAGAAGCCGCCACCUCAGGAGGAGCUGGAGCGGACGCCGCCACUUCUGGAGGUUCUGCAGUACAAGCCGCCACCUCAGGAAAAGCUGGACUCACAAGAGUCAUUGGAACAGGAAACGGCACUCCUGGCCAUGGCGAGGGAACUGGAGUCAUAAGAACAGGGAACGGCACUCAUGGCCGUGACGAGGGAACAGGAGUCAUUGGAACAGGGAACGGCACUCCUGGGAACGGCACUCAUGGCCGUGACGAGGGAACUGGAGUCAUUGGAACAGGGAACGGCACUCCUGGCUGUGACGAGGGAACUGGAGUCAUUGGAACAUUGAAUGGCACUCCUGGCUGUGACGAGGGAACUGGAUUGGACUCAGGGACUGGAGCGGCCUCAAGAGGAGUAACAGAGCAAUGA